AUCCGCUCGCCGCCCGGUUUCCACCAUGGCCGGUAGGAGCUUCGCCGCCCUUUUCCAAGAUUCCCAAGGCGCCGACGAGGAAGAGGUCAGGGGCUGAUGUCGCUCCUCGAGACCAAGGCCCCGGCCAUCGGGUUCGACAUCGGCAGCUCCGACGGCGUGCACGGCCUGGCGCUCUGCCGUGGGGACGUCCCCAGGACGACGUGCGCCGAGUGCAUCCGCUCCGCGGGAGCCCAGGCCCAGGGCCUCUGCUCGUCCAAGAAGGACGCCGUCGUCUGGCUCGACGCCUGCAUGCUCCGCUACUCCGACGAGCCGUUCUUCGGCGAGGUCGACGACGACCACAGCGCCGUCGUGCCGGGCGGCGUCCAGAGCGCGGCGAGGUCUGUCCAGUUCGACAACGAGGUCGCCGGCAUGAUGAAGAGGCUCACGAGGACGGCGUACCUCUCGCCGCUGCUGUUCGCCGCCGGGGCAGCCGAGGCGGUCGCCGGGACGCGGAGACUGCACGGGCUCGCGCAGUGCACCAAGGACCUGUCCGGUUUCGCACCAAGGACCAAGGGUCUUAAUCUGGACACCAAAUUUCAGAUUUUCGAUCACCUUGCACGGCGGCCUGUUUCUGCUUCGUCUGUUCAUCCUUUUGUUAUGGUUAUCCAAGUUGGCUCUGCAACUCUUGCUCUUAGUGAAACCCUCCAAGUUUACCGUAGGACCCACCUUGUUCGUCCUAUUGGGUCCACCUCAUGCGUGCGCUGCCGCACAGAUCAGUCUCAGGUUCUUGACAGAAAGGUGAAGCUGUCGGGAUAUGUGGUAGUGGGUGAUGAUUCCUUUAUAGUCUGUGACAUGUUCCUGUCUUCAGUUUGA